AUUGAAACUCAUUGAAUCAAGGUAGUGUGUUGUUGUUCCGUGCUCGCUAGUUAUUUUUUAGUUUUUGGAACAGAAUUACACAGAAUUUCAUUGACAUAUGGAGAUCGACAAGCUAACAACGCUGCAGUUUUCACUGCCUGUGGUCAGUGUGAUUGUUCUGGUUGGUUUAGUGUUUGCUUUCGGCUUCAAAGCGACGAGUCCACCCCCGUCUUUUGACUUCGAUACGGACGACAAGAAGAGCAGACGCCGUCGUCUCAAGCAGAAAGAAAAACCAACCAGUAAUGGACAUAUCAGUUCAGAUGACAGUGCCAAACGCAAACCCUCCCCAUCACCCGCACCGAAGAAAGACGUAAAAGUUAGUGAACCAGGUUCACCGAAAGAGAAAGUAAAGAAACAGCAGAAUAAGGUGAAGAAGAGCGCUGAUGACGAGAAUGUGGGAAAGAAAACAACUCCCCUGAAGCCUUCUCCUCAAGCGGUAGCUCCGUUAGAUCAGUCACCACAAAAGGUAACGGUCGUGAAACAGUCACCACUGAAGAAAGCUAAAACUGCUGAACGUUCAGCCACUGUACCUGAAGGUGAAUGGAUCACUCCCAUGACCAAACGAGAAAAGAAACUGAGUCGUCAACAACAGAAAGAGGAUGAAGCGGCUGCUAAGAAGAAAAACAACUUGGAAGAACGUCAAAUGAACAGAAAUGUAUCUCCAGUGAGUUCACCAAUGAUUGAGAGAAUUGCAAUGGAGGUGAUGAAACAGGAGGAACAGGAAAAGAAGAUGGAAGAAAAUAAAGUGAUGAAGAAGAAAGUACAGGAUGUUAAGAAUGAAGAAGAUAAAGAAAAUAUUGAGGAAAUGAAAACUGAGGCACCAAAGAAGAAACGAGAAAGAAAAGUAAGACAGGAGGUUGAGAAAGAAAACAAACCUGUUACAGAGAAGAAGAAAGAGGAAUUUUCAGAACCUCAACCAUCCCCAACAAAAGCUAAAAAGAAGGAUCUGCCCAAAAAGGAGAAAUUAAGUCCAAAGAAAGAGCAAGCCAGCAGUAAGAAGGAGCAGGCCAACACUAAGAAGGAGCAAGCCAGCACUAAAAAGGAGCAAGCCAGCACUAAAAAAGAGCAAGCCAGCACUAAAAAAGAGCAAGCCAGCACCAAGAAGGAACCAGCCACCACUAAGAAGGAGAAAGUCAGCGCCAAAAAGGUGCAAGCUAGCCCCCAAAAGGAACAGGCCAGUCCAAAAAAGGAGCAAGCCAGCCCCAAGAAAGAACAGGCCACCACUAAAAAGGAGAAAGCCAGCCCCAAGAAGGAACAGGCCAGCCCAAAGAAGGAGCAAGCAAGCCCAAUGAAGGAGAAACAAGAAACCAAGAAAACUGAAGAUUCUUCUAAAAAAGUACUGAAGAAGAAACAAGGUAUAAAUGCUGAGGAAGUUAAGGAAACUACACCUGCAUCACCCAAAAAAGCUAGUGGGUCUCCAAAGAAGAAAGCUUCCAAGUCAAGUCCUGAAAAAGUGCCAUCUACCCCUGAAAAGAAAGUGCCAUCAGAGUCUUCUAACCAGGACAAGAAAGAAAAGUCAAGCCCCAAGAAAAAGGUCCCUAGUAGUCCUACAAAAGAUUCAGUGAGAAAGGAUGAUAGAGAUACUAUAGAGAAGAAAUCAAUACCUUCUGCAGAGGUGCCAGAGACUGCUCCAAAAACUGAUGACACACCAGUGGUAACACUUCCAGAAGAAGAAUGGAUUGAAGCUAAACCAACAAAAAGAAAGAAGAAAGUUAGAAGAGAUGUGUAAAAAUAAAAGUGGAUAGAUUUUUUCUGAUGGUGCUGGGUAAAUCGAAAC